AUGCUGAUAAAUGCGUACAUGGAUAUUAAGAGAAAACAUAUAAAUUUUGUGUUUAAAAAUGUGAAUUCCUCGGUAAAAGAUUACAAUUUCAAAAGACCAUACUUUGCGGAAAGGUGCACACGUUCGAAAUUCUCAAACCAUGAAGACGUUAAGGUAAAAAGUAGUAGCCUGUCCUACAGCACAAAGAUGCAAUUAAACCAAUUUAAGAUGCCAAAAUUAAGAAGAAGCGAAUACGAAAAGGCUAGUGAAAAGAUAAUCCACACAAUAAAUAGCUACUUAAAAGGGGAUACAAUGAACAGGGUGAACCCAAUUGAUAAUCGCAACUAUGCGUAUGACGUGAUGUGUAACGGUACCACCAGGGCAGGCGUGAACGCACGCAAUUUCACCACUCAAACCGCAACAACACAGGGACGUGUAAUCACUCAAGAAAAUUCAACCAGUAUUAUGAGCUUACGGGGGAAGAACAAAUAUUUCCAAAUUGAAGUGCGGAAAGGUGUGCAAACGGGGAAAAACCAGAACGAUGGGAAAAGCUGCAAGGGAACUGGUAGUAUUAGUGCAACCACCAGCGAAGCCACCGUAGAAAGCAGCACCGAAGGCAGCGCCGAAAGCGCCAACCCAAACGCGCACUGCGCACAUCACAAUGAAAACAGUAAUGCAGCCAGCGCGAGGGAAAAAAGCACCACAAUGGAUCUACUCACCAGUCGAAACGCAGACAACAUUAAUAGUAGCGCAAAAAAUGGGAAACUCUCAAAGGGAAUUCUAUCCCAUUACACAAGUAGAAUGUCACAAAUAAUUAACAACUUAUUCGAAAAACACCUCUUAUUAAUGAACUGCCUAAUAGCGGGUACGUUAUAUUUCAUAGCGGACAUAGCCUGUCAAAUGAUGGAAUUACAUAAAAAAGACAAUGAAUAUGAUUUUUUAAGAACGCUGAGAAUGUCCACUAUUGGGUUAACCCUUGAGGGGCCAAUCAUGACAUGGUGGUAUGGGAAAAUUUUAGCAAAUUUUAUAAAGUCCAAACCAAAAACUUUUUUGUAUAAAUCCUUUAUACCUACCUUGUUUGAUAAUUUUAUUUUUGGACCUAUCCACUUAACAAUUUUUUUUUUUUAUAAUGGUAU